GUUGCUUAUUGUGGGUACUCAUGAUCAGACUAUAUAAUCCUUAGCAGAAAAGCCAUUCUCCUAAUGGCAUAUUCUGGUCGGUGUUGAAUCCAAAUUUAAUAAUGCAAAUUACAAACCGAAAGUAUAUUCCACUAUCAACUUCAUUCCUCGUAUAAAACUGCACGCCUGAUCAAUCGAAGUUGAAUCAAUGCUCUUAGUUCUGAGUUCUCCAUCUUGUGAACUCUUCGCAACUUGUUCUAGUGCCUUGAAGUGGUCACAGCCAGAGCUUAAAGUCUUGGCCCUUUUCAAAACUCCACGGAUCGUGGGCGCCUUCACUCUAUUCACCCUAAAAUCUCUAGCCUAUUAGUGACAAAACUCUCGGGUUAAAGUCCGAGCUUGUGAUGAUCUGAUCAUCCCCACAGCCUAGUAUAAAGACAGACUUGUAGACGGAUAACUUCAUACCACAUUCAUGCUAUAAGACCUAUCUGAUCAGCUAACCGCAAAACUAUAAUCAUUAACCACAAUGGAAGCUUAUCGGAUUUUAUUCCUUGCUUUAAACAUCUUCUUGGUCUUUUCUGUAACUUCAGUUCAUUGCAGGUUUCUUGAAUUUUUCACAAAAGACCCAAGUGUCCGAAAACUGUCAGAAAUUUCACUUCCACCAGCACCAGCACCUCAGCAAGCAACAGCCUAUUUGGAUUCCACAUCCAUUCCUCGUGCCCUCUUUGAUGUAGUUUCCUUCGGUGCUGUUGGAGACGGUGUGACAGACGAUACAGAAGCUUUUAAGAAGGCCUGGGAUGCUGCUUGCGAGAUUGAAUCAGCAACCCUUUUGGUUCCAAAACAUUACACAUUCAUGAUACAAUCUACUAUCUUUACAGGGCCUUGUAAAAGUGCUCUCACGUUUCAGAUUGAUGGAACUGUGAUUCCACCGGACGGACCAGAUUCAUGGCCAAAGGCUAACAGCAGAAGACAAUGGCUGGUUUUCUACAGAAUCAAUGAUUUAUCAUUGCAAGGUGGUGGAGUCAUAGAUGGCAGAGGAGAAAAAUGGUGGGAUCUACCCUGCAAACCCCACAGAGGAGUGAAUGGAACAACUCUACCUGGCCCUUGUGAUAGUCCUGUUGCUUUGAGGUUCUUUAUGAGCUCCAACUUGACUGUAAAAGGGCUGAAAAUCAAGAACAGCCCUCAAUUCCAUUUCAGAUUUGACAAAUGCCAAGAUGUUCAUGUUGAUUCCCUAUAUAUAAAAUCACCUGCAUCAAGUCCCAACACUGACGGAAUUCACAUAGAGAAUUCGUUCAAUGUGAAGAUAUACAACUCUGUCAUUUCUAAUGGCGAUGAUUGUGUGUCAAUUGGAGCCGGUUCUCAUUAUGUCGACAUAAGGAACAUUACAUGCGGCCCUAGCCACGGGAUAAGCAUCGGCAGCCUUGGAAUACGCAACUCACGAGCUUGUGUAUCAAACAUAGCAGUCACCGAUUCAGUGAUCAAGUAUUCGACUAACGGGGUCAGAAUCAAAACAUGGCAAGGAGGUUCAGGAUCAGUAUCUAAGGUCAGCUUCAAAAACAUCCACAUGGACACGGUCCGAAAUCCCAUAAUCAUAGACCAAUACUAUUGUGAAACAAAGGGAUGUGCUAACCAAACAUCUGCAGUAUACAUAAGUGAUAUAUCCUACACAAGUAUCAAAGGUACUUAUGAUGUGAGAAGCCCUCCAAUGCAUCUGGCAUGCAGCAAUGGCAUCCCAUGCACGAAUCUCACGCUUUCCGACAUCAAAUUGGUUCCUUCUCAAGGCCUAAAAAUGUUGGAACCAUUCUGCUGGAAUGCUUAUGGAGAUCUAGACUCACUCAUUGUCCCUCCCAUUUACUGCUUGUUGGAGGGAAAUCCCCUCACUCUACUUGAAAACAGUGUUAAUCUUUGUUAAACUUGAAUUGUACUAGAAUAUAGUAUAGUGUACAAUACAAUACAGUAUAUAUAGUAUAGGGAAAAUUACUAGUUGUAACAGAGUUGUGAGUCUUGGUUUCACAGCUACUGGGAAAGCUGAAGGAUUGUAUACCUUGUGGUCUUAUUGUGCCAAUCUAAAAACUAUAGUAAUUUCUAAUGACCAUGGCUUUUAUCAGGAAUAUUAAUAU